UGAUUGUGUUUGUUUUUGUGUUUCUGAUCAAUGCGCUGAUUGAACCCGUGACAGGUAAGAAAUCCGACGUUAUAUUUUAUUAUUUAAUUUUAUUUUGCUAUUAUAAUUCUGUAUACGAUUAUAACGUACCUAUUCGAUAUUAUUAUUAUAAUGCCUUUUAUGCAUUAUAUUUUACAUUAAAUAUUUUAUAUGAAAUAUGUAUUCGGGGAUAUAAAAAAAAAAAUACUUUUUAAAUUUAACCCAUAAUUUUUUUUUCUUUUUAGACUAAAACACCAUAUAUUGAAAUAUUAAAUUUAAAAUACAUUUCCUGUGUUGUUCAGAAAUUUAAAUAUUUUUUAUAAUAAUUUAUAGACGUAUUACGUAUAGGUACUCGCUAUAGUUAUGUUGUAAAAAUUCAACAGUUAACGUGUGACAAUUUAAUUGUUUUCUGAAAAUAUCUUAUAGAGCUUAUCGUAUACUGUAUAGCUUAUUAUUAAUGAAUCUCAUAUCUACCUAAAUGUAUUUCAUAAAAUAUUAUUAUGAUAAAUAUUUAUAAUACGUAUGAAUUAAAUCUUUGGUCCUAGGGAAGACUGACUUUAUUCAAUUUAUGUAAUUUUAAUUUUUUUUUUUUUUUUGGUUAUUUUAUCUAAAUUUUGUUCACAUUAUUCGUUGGUCUGAACGCCAUAAACGUAAUAUUUUCUCAAAGUGUAAUUUGCUUGCAUGAAAACCAUACAAAACUCCCUCCUUCCUCGGUACCAAAGGAAUAAUAUUACAGAUUUCCUGUUAAAGAAAUAUAGCGAUAUGCUUUUUAUCUAUUAUAAUUUAACGGACAUUUCUACUAUCAACACUACAUCAGAUGUCUCUCUAAAUAAUUAAUAUUAAGAACUAAUAGGUAUACGUUCAACUAAUAUUGAAACGAUUCGAAAAUGUUACUCUAUGUUUGUUAAAAUUAUUUAAUUAUUAUAUCUGCAUGCAGGAAUAAACCGUUGCCAAUGAAAAACGAUUCUGAGCAAAUUUCUGUUACACUUGUUUUUAAAAUUUCCAAGCGUCGAAACUGUUAUUCAAUACCUUUCCAGUUUUCCCGGUUUUUCACAAUUAUUAAGAAAAGUACGGUUUUACAAUAUGGUUCAUAAUAGGCUUUAUUUAGUGGCCAUAAAAAGUUGAGCUUAAUGUAUUCACUUUUUUCUAAGCAUUAUUUUAAGUAUAUAUUUUGACGGAAAAAAUCGGAGCAUUUCAAAACACGUUUAAGCGAAUUCCGCUCAGAAUCGUAUUCCAUCAGCAAUAAUUUAUCGUUGCGUCCAGAUAUAAACUAUAUAAAUAAAUUUAUGUAUCCUAUAUUUCCAACUUCCCACCCACAACAAUAAUCUCACACCCAUCUGCAGUGUCAGCUCUUUUUUACAUUUUUAAUUAAGUAACUAUUCACGAGUUGGUAUUAUAGAUUCAUUUUUUAAUAGACAAAUAUCAUAAAACUUUACAUUCAAUUAAAAAAAAAACGUAUUUAUAUUAUAAAUAUAUAUAUAUAUCUAUGUAAAUAUAUUCUUUAUGUUGUACUUAACUGCAUAACCUUUCCUAAAAUUCUCUUUGCAAAUGAGAAAAUAUAUUAUAAUACCAAAAACGAGAUUCAACUAAAACAUACAUUUUAAUAUUGUUUAACGUAUAAUGACCAUCAACUAAAUACUCUAGAUGUUUAAUUUAUUCGACGUUUUUACUAUAAAAAUAUAAUAUUUAUAUGGCUGAUGGAAUAUAGAGUUUGGUUUAUAUUAUAAGUCUCAUAAAGUAUGUACCAAUGUAUCAUUUAAUAAUUCACAGUUUAUAAUUACAAUUUAUGUUAGUACCUUAUAAACGCGAACAAAAAAAUAAUUAAAAUAAAACAAAAUCCGGAAAUACUAUUGUUAUUGUAUAGUUUGAGGAGACAGUGCACUGUUCCGAGUAGUGUAUUAAUAUUUCAGAGACGUUUUAUAUUAAUUGUACGUCUGAUUGUUAAAAAUUAAUAUUGCGUUGGUUCAAAAAACGAUUUCUCGCGGCCCGUGGGUUUUUGGUGGAUUUAUUGAAAUUUGUAUUCGCGAUAUACCUAUAGAUUCUCGUGAUAAUUUAUACGCAAUUAAAGUCUAGUAUAAGUGAAAUUAUAUCCGGAGAACUGGUGUUCACCUUGACACAAGUCACUGUUGUACACGCGUGGAUGUGUAAUAUUGUACAGUAAAACUUUACCAAAGGUACCGGAAAUAAUGACCGCUAUUUAGAAGCCACGUCCUUUAGAGGUUUCCUAUAGAAGCAUAACACUUGACGGGACUGAAAAAAAUUACCGUUACAUAGAGGUGGCCGUUUACGGAAGUUUUACUGCAUUACUUAUAGUAAUCGUUUAAACAAUUGAUAAACUGCCAUAUCGGAAAAACAAUUUUGAGCGGAAUUCGAUUCAAAAAUAUUGACAGUAAUUUCACUAGAACGAAUUAAUUUUGAAUUCUUCUCACGAAGCAAAUCAUAGAUGUCUUAAGUAUGGUUUGAUAUCAAAUCCCGUGAUCCAAAUUCGAAAUAUUCGUAUUAUUAUAACAUUUCUCCUUUAAAAUUCAAUAGCUUAUAAAUUAUUAAAAUUAAAAUUACAAUUUUAGCGUCUUGGGACAGUAAUUGUUCUUCUCCUGCCCACCUUGUAGCUACGCCUCUGAAAAAGUAGCGUAUAAUAUACUUAUAAUAUCUAAACAUUUAUUACAUGCAACUCUUUUAACGUAUUAACUGUCAAAACUUAAAACGGAUAAAUUUAAAAAAAAAAACUAAUUCACGUCAUUAAACUAAAAGUAUCCUUUUCCACUUUGAGUUUAAAAUGUCAAUGUAUAAAAAUUAUUUAACACAAUUUCAAGCUCAUCUUUCCGAGUGAUAAAAUAUUUAUAUUAAAAAAUAAUAAAUAAAUAACUUUAAUAAUAAUAGUAUAUAUGAAAGUUUUAAUAUUGACAAAUUUGCGGGAAAACUUAAAAACUAUCUAGAUAAUGAAUAUGUAUUUAUUAUAUAUAAAAAAUAAAAUGGAAAAAGAUGUUUAGGGUGAACAAUUUUCAAAUUGUAUAAUAAAAGUAAUCAUAAGUGAGAAAAUGACACGUAAUUAUAUUAAAUCAAAAUAUACUAACAAUUUUUUUUUUGAAAAGACCUUAAUCCGUUUAUUUAAAAUGCGGCGAGAUUUUUUUUUUUGCGAUUGCCCUUGUUUAACUGCGUAUUAUCUUUAAUCAGACGAAUAUUUAUAAGAUUAUAAUAUUUUCACAAUUUGUCUGUUUCAUCAACUAAUUUAUAAAAUAAAAGGGUCUUUAUUAUUUUUAAUUUCAUACUAUUAUUCACCUACCUAUAAUACUAUUACCGAUACUAAUUGUUGCUUUUGUAAUUAAGUGUUAUAUCUUAAUAUUUUUAAAACAUAAUGAUUUUUGUUUAAUAUAGGUACCUAACAAAAUUAUCAUUUAAUUUAAACAUGAUAAUAUUCUAAAUACAACAAUAUAAUUUAUUUUAAACGGAACAAUUUUUUUUUUUGGUGCCUAAAUCAAUAUAAUAAAUCAUUGCAUUCACAAAAGCGAUUCUACGAGUGAAGUUUAAAAUUAAAACCUUGUAGAUACUUGUUGGAAUUUUUUGUCACUAUAUUUUUUUUUUAGUUUUUCACGAUAUUCGGUGCAUCCAAUUGAGAAAUUCUAAAAAAAUGACCUUUCCGUAAAGUACCUAUUGUGUUCAAUUACUUACCUUUUAUGUCUAAAAAUUGAACGUGAAAAAAAUAUGAUUACACGCGUCAUUGUAAACAAUAUUGUAUUUUUGUUUCUAUAUCCAAUUCUCAUAAUAACUGACGAAUUACAUACUAGAUCAAUAUUUAAGAGUUCAAAUACUUUUAUAUAACUAUAAAAAUCUGACAAAUUCUCAAAAUUAAACAAUAAUUAAUUCGCUUGGCACUUCAAAAAAUCCUAAAAAAAUAUAUCAGUCCUUUCAUUCAAAAUAGGUAGGAUAUAUAUAAUAUUGGGUAUUUUUAAUAUCAUUUAAAUUAACCCAUUAAGUCCGAAGUUUUUUUUUAAUUCAGAUUUUUUUUUUUAUAAUUGGUUAAAAUUCAUUUUUAAAUUAAAAAAACGUUAAUAUUAUUUUUUGAUUUUUUAACCCAAUAAUGAGGUUUUUGAUGUUACCAUAUGGUAACACCAGGAUAUAAAAUGGUCAACAUUUGAAAUAGUGGUCAAAUAUUUUUUAAAAAGUUAUUCGUUACCAUAUGGGUACUUAAAUACAUAAUGGAUUAAAAAAAAAAUAUUUAAAUAUUAUUAUAUAAUUGAUUUUUCUAAACUAUAUUUUAUUUCUGUUUUACAAAUUGAGAUACGAUAAUCGCCCGACACAGGGCAUUUUUUACAUUUUUUUCUGUGUCCGAUUCGGAUACAAGCAAUAAAAUCUAUUGAACACCCAGUAAAGUCAAAUUUUGCUCAUGAGUGUCCACUAUAGAAAAUAAAUGGUAAAUAAUUUAAUAGUAAAAUUUGCAGCAAUAUAUUAUUAUAUUAUUUUAUCUAGGAAAUACUUUCACUGGUCAGUAGUGGGUGACUGGUAAAAGUCUAGAAGUUAAGGGAAAGGUUUGAUAUAUAUGUGUGCUCAAGGAACUUUUUUAAAGGACGAAGACAUGCAGUGGAUAUUCACUAAAACAUGCAAUGGCCUAAUAUAUGUUAUACAACAAAUAAUUUGUUAUUAUACAUUUGAUAUACAAGUGGAUUCCGCUUGAUGUGCUCACGUGGACCAUUUACAUUUGCCCACAUUAAACAGUUGCUCAUUUAACCGAAAUGAGUAUCGUUGUCCAUUAGAAUCGAACUAUUAUGUCCAUAUUAGGCAGCUGCCCACAUUAUCCGGUGGCCACAUUAAGUGGAAUCCACUGUAUUGGAUAUUAGUAUACAAAUAUAAAUUUAAUAUAUAAUAAAUAAAUAAAUAAAUAAAUAAAUAAAUAAAUAUGAGAACAAUUUACUUUUAAAAAUAUAAGAAGAAGAAUAAAUGAAUGUUUUCUGAAAUAUGAAAAUUAUUUUAACAUAAUAUUCUCGUAAUACCUACGUGUUUGUGAACUUAUAAAAUUUUGUUUGCAAAAGGCCAUUCAUCAACAGUCAUGAAUCCAUCAAUUUUGACCCUCGUCUGGAUGAGUGUACUGGUAUCUCUAGUACAAACGGUGUACGCCGAUGACGUCAUUAUGCAAAAAAGGGUAAAUUAUUAUAAUCUAUGAAAUUUUAGAAAAACUAUUGUAACUGAUUUUAAGUAUAUAUUAUCAAAUGCAUAUCUAUUUCCGUUAUAGAUACGAAAUUUCAAAAUCGUCUUUAUUGUAAUAUGUAUAUACAUUUAUAACAACGAUUUAAUAUUUUUAUUCUAGAAUAAUUACUUGAUAUUAGUUUAAUAUUUUUCCUUGUUGUUUUUAUUUUUUUUAACCAAAUUAUAAUAUAAAUUAUAAUUACUUUUUUUUUGCGUCGUAAAAACGCUCGUAUUAUUUUUCAUUUCACCAACAUUUUUCUACUUUUGACACGGCCAUAAUAAUUGUAAUUAAAUAUUAUUGAAUCUCAACUCGAAAAAACUUGUGAAAGUAUACUAAUAAUAAUAUGUAUUCUCUAUUAACGGACUCUAAUAUUAUGUAAACAUUUUUAUUUAUAAUAAAUAAUAGAUAUUUUGAUAAAAAUAAAGUUAUAUAGUUUUCAUUUCUAUUUUAAUAUAUCGGUCUGGUUAGAACGAUUUCGGCUGACAAGUUUUUGCGGUCGUUUAUUUCAACGUCUAAAGAAAUGAAUCCAAAAUUUAAUACCAUUAAAUAGAUUCGUUCGUUUACUAAAAAUAAUAAAUAUAUAUUGUCGUCAAUUAUAAAUAAUUAAAAAUAUCGAUUAGCUUUAUAUAUUAUACAGUGACGCACAAAGGUAUCUGAAGUUGUUGACUUCCUAUCGUUAAACAUUCCAGAUUUAAAAUAUACUUGGAACAAAAGUUACAAACCACGUUCAAUAUAUAUUUGUAUUAAUAUGUUUUAAUAUAUUGUUGCUUUUGUGUUUGAACAGUAUUACGAUAACGAUAAUCCGAUUGCUGAACCAAUCAGGAGGAAAAAACCUUUUUGCAACGCGUUCACAGGUAGGAAAAAACCCGUUAAUUAUAACACAAUAACUUUAUUAUAAUAUGUUAACAGCAUUUUUAAUAGCCUUAAACGAAACUUUGUUAAAAAAAAUAACAUACUUUUUUAUUCGACACUAUAAUAAUAUCAUAAAUAAAUAGAAAUAACCUAAAUAUAAACCAUAGAGGUUUCUUUUUCUUUUUUCUUUUUUUUUUGACAAAUUUUCGUUUUAAGUUUUUAGUCAUUUUUCGACAUAACCAUAACUUCGUUAAACUGAUUAUCACGAAAGAUAUUUAAUAUUUAUCAUGCAAUUUUUAUUAUUAUUUUAACUAUACUCGUAUUGAUAAUGCAAAUAAUCUAAUAAAAUCAUGGCUCAUGUACCGUAAAUUUAAAACAAUAGGAUGUAUAUUAGAUUUUAUACAAUGAUAAGCUAUAAUAUAAUUUAGUUUGUGAUAACGUUAAAUUUGCGAUAAAUCUCAAUAUAUACGUAUUUAAUCAAGUUCCGCGUAUAUUUUCUAUUAUUAUUUUAAUUAUUUUAACAAUCGAUUAAAAAUAAAGGUACUACUAUUACCCUUUAAGCAGUGGCGUAUUUAACGUGUUUUCUAGUGAGCGGACACAAACAAUUUUAUUCACGAACCCGCGGGUGGCCAUGUCCCUCUCCUGGUGUGUGUGUGUGUGUGUGUGUGUGUGUGUGUGUGUGUGUGUGUGUGUGUGUGUGUGUGUAUGUGUGUAUAAGCACGUAUUACCUAUGUGAAAUUUCAACACAAAAAUUUAUUUUAACUAAUACUUUUAUGUAUGACAUUUUUAAUGUAGCUAGGUUACCAUUACCAAAUCGAAAUUAGGUAGCGGGUUUACUCUCGACAAUUAGGGUGACAAAAAAUAACAUUAAUAUAAAAUCAGUAGAGCUGCUAUUUCUAUAAAACAAAUUCCGAAAAAAGUUAAUACUUUUCGAGAUAAUAAUACCUGCUUAAAUAGAACACCGACUUUAUACAGUGUGCAAUGUGUUUUCUUCUACAAUGAUUUCGUUUUUUUAUGUUUUUAUAAUCGUAAUUGUAGGUAUAUACGAAUAAAUUUUGUUCUAUACAAAUAUUAACGGCUAAUCUAAUGUUCAUAUAAUGUUAGGUUGUGGUCGUAAACGAUCAGAUGAGUCAAUGGCCACAUUAGUCGACCUUCGUUCGGAACCGGCGGUCGAAGAGCUCAGCAGGCAGAUCUUGUCCGAGGCUAAGCUCUGGGAAGCCAUCCAAGAAGCACGUGUUGAACUUUUGCGUCAACAAAGACAAAACAAAGCCGUAAGUCAAAAUUUUGGACGAAUAGUAAUUAAUGUUUCCCCCCCCCCCCAUCAAUUUGACGGAAAAUCGGAUUAUUAUAGUAAGACGGUACAGUAGGUGUACUUGUCAGUCGUCCGAAUUAAAAAAAAAAAUAAUUUUCAACGGUAAAUAUACCUUCCGGUAUAUGAGUUGAUUGCAGAAUACUUAUUGUAGACUUUCUCGUAAAUCACGUUGCUUGUCCAAAUUUCGUUGUAAACAAUGUUUCCAUACGUGUACAAUUAUUUUAUAUUUUUGUUUUUUUACCUAUACAUACCCUAACUUUAUUUCAACAUCCCUAACGAAAACUGUCAACAUUCAAUUUUUUUUUUAAAACUUUUUUUUUAAUGAUCAACAAAACGAGUUACCUGAAAUUACUGAUGAAGAGAUUUAAAGUAUAUUAUAGACACUAAGCGAGUUUGAACAAAAAUAUUAAAUUAAAAACUGUUGGAUUAGAAUCAGUUUAAUUUUGCCCUCCUAAACAUAAUAAUAUAUAAUCGGCGAGUUACGAUAGUUUUCGUUGAAUUUAUGUAUUCAUUAUAAUAUUUUUUAAUUUGGAUUUUCUUUGUAUCGAUAUUUUUAACUACAUAAUAAUUUGAAAAACAAACAGAUAAAUUGUAUUCUAUUAUCUAUAAUAGCAUACUAAAUAAUAUACUCGGGUCUAUAGGCUCGUGGUAUUUUAUUGGAUUUGCAGAUGAUCCGGAUUUGUAUACCCUCCAUAGAAAAUAAAAACGCGUAUAGGUAUAGAUGUGAUUUAUUACCGGACAAAUCGAUAUAAUAUAUUAUACUACCGUGGGUGACGGAAUCUUAUUUAUGAAUCGUUUCCUCUUUUUUGUGUGUUAUUUUCUUGUCGAUUUUUUUGUAUUUAUGUUGGAUAAAUAUUAUUUGAACGAUUCAGAGACGAUAAAUAUAUAUUUUAGAGAGAGAGAGAGAGAGAGAGAGAUUAGAUGUUAUAAUACCUAACAUUAUUAUUUUUAUUAUUAUCAUUACUAUUAUUACUAUUAUUACACUCACCAAUUUUGUCGUAUUAAACGUAAUAAUAUUAGAAUUACUAUCGUAUGUAGGAAAGACCGGCGAUGAUAUAUAAAUAUUUAUUUUAUCUGCAUUGCAGUUUUUCAUACGGUCAAUUAAAUUUCACAGGAAAUCCAUUUUCUAUACAGAAUAAACACAGGUAGGUACCGAACAAACAAAAAAAUAAAUAUGUGUUUAAUACUAAAACACUAUACCUUUAUAUCAUUGGUCCCAGAAAAAGACAAUUCCACCGAAAAAUAAUUUAGACAUUUAAUAACUGCAAACAUAAUUGAUGGCAAUUGUUGACAAUUAUAGUAGAAUUGUCUAUACAAGAAAAUUAUAAAAAAAAAUUGAUUUCAAGUCCAUCUUCCCGUGGAACCACAGAUAUACUGAAUGUCUUAUUGUGUUUUUAUUGUGUUUUUUACCGAUUUAUUUAUAUCUCUGUUAAUUUUUAAUUUUUUUUAAAGGGAACAAUAUAUUUAGAGAAAAAUGAAAUUUGUAUUAUUACCCUUUAAUCACUAUAGAAAAACAAGUUUUAUUUCUGUACCUAUUAUAAAUAAUGUAUUGUGUUUGAAAUUAAAACGGCUACUAAUAAUAGUAAUUAUAUAUUGGUCUAUUAAAAUGUUUAGAAUAUCUUUUCAAAUUAACUAUUUUGAAAACGCUGCAAAGUGGAACAAAUAAAGUUUUUAUUUAAUUUUUUUUUUUUUUUUUUUUUUGAGAUUGGAAGCUUUAAAUACAAAUUUUUCUCUACAUGUAUUUCCCACUGAUACAAAAUUUGAUUAGAAAAAAAAAAUUAAACAAAUUGAAUAUGUUAACAGAGAUAUACAAAAUCCGUAGAGCACGAUGAGAUGUUAUAGGAUGCAUUAAUACUUUAAAUACAAUUUUAAUUUCAUAAUAUAUAUAAUAUAUUUGUAUAAUUUGUUUUUUUUUUUUUUUUCGUAAUAAACGCGUAGAUAUACUCGAAUUUGGAAAAAUAAACUGAAAUGUACGAAAUGUACCUACGCGUCGAAUAUUAUCACAUUAUUAUAUAUGUAUAAUUCGUGACAUUUAUAAUAUUAUUAUAAUACCAUUCGAAUAAUUUAAUUGAUUUCUUUUUUUCGUUCCAAACGACCGCUCGGUCAGAGUGGUCAAACAGCCAUUGGAUAGGUUUUUUUUUUUUUUUUUUGCAAAUCGAGUUGAACUCCCCGCGGGACAAAUAUUGUUUACCUAUACGAAACGAUUUACGUAUCUAUCGUAUAUACGGACGUUUCCAACUCGGAUAUAGCGUUGUAGUUGGGUAUAUUCUAUACACGUUCGUUAGGGGAAAAAACCGUUUUAAAAGCCCUUUCGUCCAAAUGUGUAUAUAGGUAAACACAAACGUCGGUCGGUGUUGAAAUACGACUCAUCGUUUGCAAUGACAAGAAUAGUCUAGACGCUGCUGCCGAAUACGAUGACGUAGGUACUCAUUGGUUAUCCAUUCUAAUGGCAACACAAUUGCACUCCUCGCACAAAUUAUACUGUACAUAUUCGUGUUACAAUCGAAAUGAGCAUAAACUAUUGUACAUUAUUAUAAUGAUGAGCGUGUACCAUAAUAAACAACCUGCAACAACAAAGAGAAAAAUAAAAGUAAAAAAGAGCUGAUACUGGAGACAGGUGCAGCCACUAUUGUGGGUGGGAAGUUGGGAAGAUAGGAUACAUACUGUUAUUUCAUUUAUAUGUGUAAGCAACGAUAAACCAUUGCUGACGAAAGACGAUUCCGAGCGCAGUUCGAUAAUACAUAAUUUAAAGUGCCAUAUUAUUUUUUUGCGAUUUUCGGUUAAAUUUUAUUUCAAAACACUUAUAAAAAAAAAUUCAACAAAAAUAUAGUCUAUUAUCGUUGUUAAACAACGAUAAUAAUUGGAGCCAUAUUUGUGCUAGAAAACGUGAUGGGUACUUAUUUAAAAUAAGGAAAAAAAGUCGUCCGAUGAUUUUAGAAAUUUUACCAUGUAAAUCCAAUAUAAGUAUUAUUACCAAGUUUCAAGUCUCUACGCGUAUUUAUAACCGAGUUACAGCAAAAACUCCCAAAAAUUUAAAUUCAUUAAAAGCUCAAAAGUUUUGACGAUGAGACCGUAAGAAUGUAAAUCAAAAAGGCAAAAAUCAAAAAAUGACAUUUUUAAAGUACAAUUUAGACAACUUGAGCUUUUAUAAAAGUUGUUACUAGUAAACAUCGGAGGAAGUUUUCUAGAAAAAACCCUGCCCACAGACUAGAACAAAGAACAAAGAAGAAGAAAAAAAAAAUAAACAGCAUUGUAAAACCAAUAGCUGCGCUCGGGAUCUAAAACUGAAAAAUUGUGAUUAAGUCUUUCUCUAAGCAUUCUUGGUUUAAUAGGUAAGUAGCUAACAAGGAACGUACUGCUAAUUCUCAAAUGCGUAUGAUUACGUGAUGUCUGACACACCACUUUUUCUUUUUCUUUCAUUUAUGGGUUAUCUUGGUGACACGGAUGAAAAAAAAACAAUUAUUAUUUAAUAUGGUCGCCGCAGACAAGGAAGAACCCUUUUUAAAAGAAAAUAAAUUAUCGGGCAAUAAUACGAUGAACGAAUUUGACUCUACAAAAACACUGCGACAUUACGAGACACCCGUAUAUAACGGACACUUUUGACGGUCCGUUAUGCAGUGCGCAAGUUUCAGUGUAGGUAUACACGUCACAUAGAUUUCACGAAAUCUUUCGAAACGACGGCGGCGACGUAUAUGAAAAUCAAUAGCCGGCGGGGCUAUUGAUAUUUGUAAUUAAUUUCAAUCGCGAUUUGUCGUACGGGUUUUGUUUUUCUCUACGGAGGUGUAACACGAGUACAUAUUGUUAUUGCAUAGGCGAACAUCGGUUUUUCGAUCGGGUUCGGCGUUUUUAUUGGACGAGUAUAGAGUUGGCCGACGUCGAUAUACGAGAAUAUUUUUUUUUCAUUGCCGAUACCGUUGUAUUUAUGUUGACCUGUUGAACGUGAAAAUGACAGAUUUCGAUUCGCGUUCGUACCGAUAUAUACCUGACCCGUGUAUCCAUGUAAUAUUAUUUUAAACGUCACGGAUAUAGAGGGUGGAAGAUGUGCUGGGGAACACCUGACAAGAGAAUGGACAUCACGGAAAAAAUGCAUAUCUCGCGUGUGACACACGCCUGGACCGAAUACACCGAUAACCGUUUUUACAGGCUUAAUUUUUUUUUUUUUUUUUUUUUUUGAGUUUCGGAUAAACGGUGGAUUUAUCGGCCGGGGGCACGUUCCGCCGCGGACGCCGACCGACAUCGGUCUCAUAAUAAAUACGAAAAGUAUAAUCGCUCGUGUUUCCGUUAAGUGCGUUUAUUUCACGAUUUCACGAAUAUUUUAGGUCCUUUUAUCGGCACGACGGGCGUUUUAUCCGUACACCGAUAUCGAUAGAAUAAUAAUAUAUUAUAUUCUAUAUAGAUCAGCGAUUCUCAACCUGUGGUAAUUUUACUUUUGUGUAAUGAAUGAUUAUAUAAUUAUGUAGAUUUAAUAAAAAAAAAAAAAAAAAACGUAUCAAAUGAUACGUGAAAAACGUCAAAAAGUGUUAAUGGUACGCGGAUAUGAAAGGGUUGAGAACCGUUGCUACAGACAAUAAUAUACAAAUGGAUAUUGGUAUAUCCGAGAUUAAUAUACUGAAAAACUAUUGGACCGAUUUUUAUUUUUUUUUUCCGUUACUAGAGGUGAAUUUUUAUACCUGUUAAAAUCGUUUUCCGAUCCGACCAGUAGAAAACAAAUCAGGCGGUUUAAUGCUUUAUUUUCUAUUUUUGGUUGAGUUGUGUAGAAAUAGCAAUAAGCACGGCCAGUCAGCUAUUUGGUGUAAAAUAUAAACAAAACCGAAAUAGUAUCGAUACAUUUGUUAUAGGAAAAAAACCGAACAAGAAAAUAUACCUACCUGCGAAAUUUAAUUCAAUUAUAAUUAUGGCUGUGAAUUUGUAGGAAAAUGCAUUUUUUUUAAAUUAUCGUGAAACGUAGCUUUUUAAAUACAUAAUUUGAAUUGAACACAUUUAUUUAUGAAACUUUUAGUUUGCAUUUUUUUGUGUUUUUUAACGUUUUUAAUUUUCAAGGUCAUUUUUGGACUUUUUAAGUUAUGUUUACCUUUUUAGUUUAUUUUCCGGUAUUUUUAAUUAAAUUUCGUCAAUUAAUAUCUUUAUACACGUAGUUUUUGUUUUACACAGGCCGUCUAUAUACGUCAAAUUCAUAUUUAAAUGUUAGCAUCUCCCAUCCACCCAGAAAUUUCAAUGAAUUUUCGCUAAUGUUGGUAGAUGGAAAGUUUGGGAGGAAUACGAUUAUAGGUAAUAUAGGUAGCCAAGUACAGGAUAAUAUUUUAAUUUAUGCAAUGAAAGCAACGACAAAUCGGAUGGUACCGUGAAUUAUACGAUAAGCAGAUUUCCUACCUAUCUAUUUUCAGUUCUUUUAACGUGUUUUUAUCGUUCAGAAAAUCCUCUGCUAUUCCGCCGCGGCGCCGAUGUCAAUUUUAUUAUACGUCAUACCUAUUCAUUUUUUUAUCACUACAGUAUACCAAGUUUUUUUUUUUGUUUUUGUACAUUCAUAUUAUAAUACCUACUAAAGCGAAUUAUUAUUCUUAUCGCUGGCGUUCAUAAUGAAAUAUUAUGCACUUAAUACUUAGACUGCUAUCGGUGAAAACCAGUGGCUCGCUGAAUAUUUUUCAGACCCAAUAAAAACUAUAUAAUUUUACCAUCCACUCAACCACCCGGAGCUUUUAGCUUUUAGCUAUUCUACAUAUUUUUACUGUAAAAUUUAUAUUAUUUUUUAGAAACUUUUUAAACACAACAAAAUACAUAUGGGCACCUAACAUUGGAGGAUAAUAUUAAUAGCAUACUUAGGUUAUAUUGCUUGUUUCAGUAAACAUUUUUUAAAUUCCACUUUCAAAAUCAUAGGUACCUUGUACCUACAGGGUAGAUAAUUUAAAAAUUAACAAGAAUCUCUUCGAUAAAUCAGAUGAUUGCCCGAGAGCAUUGAUUGGUUUUGUAUCUUGUAUGUAAAAGUAGGUAUAGACAAUUUAAAAUGCGAUUGUUGUAUGUUAGUAAUGUUAUGUUUUAAUAAUUUUCAGGAGAGAUUGGAAAUGAAGCCGUUCCCGAUGGCUUUGAGAAGAAAACGUCGAUCCCCCGGUCCCGCGAGAGACAAAUGUUAAGAAAUGACGCGUCAGCUCUAUGCAAUUUCUUUUAUUUUAUAAUAAUUAUUAUUAUAAUUUCCUUAUAGUAAAUUGUUUAAGUACCUUAAUAAGUCAGAUAUAUAUAUAUAUAUAUAUUAUAAUAAUAAAAAAAAACAAAAAACAAAAAACUAUAUACGUUAUUUUGCGAAAAAUAUGAAAUCGAAUAAAAAUAAAAAAGAGAAUACCUAUGGGUAUAUACACGAUUGGCAUGCAAAUUUGAAAAACUUUCCCUAUAGAUAUUUACAUAC